AUGCCCUGGAUCAGAGCAGGAGAUCCCCAGAAGCCUGGGGGCAUCGAGAUCAAGCUGCCCUGCUCCGGGUGGAGAGCUCAUACCUUAACAGUCUUGUUCAUCCUCACGUGUGCGCUGGGCUACGUAACCUUGCUUGAAGAAACACCACAAGAUACAGCCUACAAUACAAAGAGAGGUAUUGUUGCCAGUAUUUUGGUUUUCUUAUGUUUUGGAGUUACACAAGCUAAAGAUGGACCAUUUUCAAGACCUCAUCCAGCUUACUGGAGGUUUUGGCUGUGUGUCAGCGUUGUGUAUGAGCUCUUCCUCAUCUUUAUACUCUUUCAGACUGUACAAGAUGGCAGACAGUUUAUGAAGUACAUUGAUCCACAUUUAGGUGUUCCUUUGCCAGAAAGAGACUAUGGUGGAAACUGCCUUAUUUAUGAUCCUGGCAAUGAAACUGAUCCAUUUCACAACAUCUGGGACAAACUGGAUGGAUUUGUUCCUGCUCACUUUUUUGGCUGGUACCUGAAAACAUUGAUGAUUCGAGACUGGUGGAUGUGUAUGAUCAUCAGUGUAAUGUUUGAGUUUCUGGAGUACAGUCUGGAACACCAGCUUCCAAACUUCAGUGAAUGUUGGUGGGAUCACUGGAUAAUGGAUGUGAUCUUAUGUAACGGAUUAGGAAUUUACUGUGGGAUGAAGACUCUGUCUUGGCUUUCUUUGAAAACAUACAAAUGGCAAGGACUUUGGAACAUUCCUACGUACAAAGGUAAAAUGAAGAGAAUUGUCUUCCAGUUCACCCCGUAUAGCUGGGUCAAAUUUGAGUGGAAGCCAGCAUCCAGCUUACGCAGAUGGCUAGCAGUUUGUGGAAUAAUCUUUGUAUUUUUAUUGGCAGAACUGAACACAUUUUACUUGAAGUUUGUCCUUUGGAUGCCACCAGAACACUACUUGGUCCUGUUACGACUUGUCUUUUUUGUCAAUGUGGGAGGUGUGGCUAUGAGGGAGAUCUACGACUUCAUGGAUGACCCGAAGUUCCAUAAGAAAUUGGGUCAGCAGGCAUGGCUGGUUGCUGCUAUUACUGCCACGGAGUUUCUGAUUGUUGUGAAGUAUGAUCCCUAUACACUCACGCUUUCUCUUCCUUUCUACAUUACCCAGUGCUGGAUGUUGGGGAUUAUACUUGUGCUCACCUGGACAGCCUGGCGUUUCUUCAUCCGUGACAUCACUUUGCGGUAUAAGGAGAUAAGGCGACAGAAGCAAGAGCACAAAUAUGAAAAGGACAAAUGCUUGAGCAAUGGUGAUGGACACUCAUCAAUACUGGAUGAACAAAAUGGGAACAAACUAAGGGAGAGGAAACUUUGAGCAACAGACAAAGGGCUAAAAGGAACUCGUAGUGCUCAAGUUGGCCUGGUGGACAGUUUCAACCUUAUCCUACCUAACUUGUAAUUUUCAUUGUUAGCUUUCCAAUGUGUGAAAAUCCUCUCGGGGAAAAGAUGUCACUUUGACAUACACACCCUCUCUCCUCAUGUACACCUAGUCAGUCGGAGAAAGUCUGUGUAGAGGGAAGUCAGAACCAACAACGUUGCAACAAGAUGGGAUCUUCAUUCAAGCGUGUUGUAUGUCUUGCUUGAAAACAAGGUUUGGAGACAAGGAGCUUUAAAACAAAGCGCAAAGGGAAUCUAGCUGAUACAUUUUCAGUAUACUGAGAUUUCGAUUUUGAUGUUUGGGCAUUAGGAACACUUGUUUUGAAGCGUACAGGUACCAGACACAGGAAAGGAAUUAUUUUUUUUCUGCUGAAACUACCUUGAGCUGUGGAGUAAGAUUGCUUAAAGUGUUCAGCCACCAAUUAACAGAACUACAGCGAGAUAAACAUAGAUAAAAUGAAGCUUGUGAACAAGUUGCGUAACUUGCACAGAAUGUAAUACAGUACACUACUGUUACAGCCCCUGUAAUAUGGGGGUUAUUGCCUUUCCCUAAACUGACUUUCAACAUCCUGGAGUAGCCUACAAUAGUUUUAUGUUGUAUCACAGCUCUAGGGAGACAGACAACUUCUCCUUAGUUGUGUGUUUUUUUUUUCCUCCUUUCUUUUUCGAUUUUUCUUUUAGUCUUGGUCAUCUCUUAAAUGUAAGGGAAGGUUAAAUAGGAAAGGUCAACCUGCCUUUCCUUCGCUUCCUGGAGUAAAAUGUAUUACAAGCAGAAAACUGGGAGUUACUCCAUCGGUCUUAAGUUAUUUGCCUUAUUGUCAGCUCUUUUGGUUUGCUUACCAAGAGCGUUUCAUUCUUGGUGUCUGCUGUACGGGACACGACCGGUUCUGCCAUCCUUCAGAGCUGCCCCGUUCCUCCCAAGGUAACUCCAGACUGAGCAAUCUCCUGAUUCCAACUGGAAAAGGCGUUCUCUGCAGUCACGCAAAAAUAGCUGUUAACGUGCCGCCAUCCCUGCCAAAAGAACAAACUGAGGCAAAGUGCAUCGUUCUUCCUCAAGCACUGUGUAGCAGUGGAGGUCUGCAGGCCAAGCUAGACAGCAUUUUUGCUGGUGACUCAGCAUCUAGGAAAAGAAAUUGGAAACCUGGGCUGCAUUUGUUUUGAUGUCAUUAUUCUAAAAUGUAAGUGCUACACUAAGCAUCAAUUUUGUAACCUCUGCUCUAAGCCUUUGCAUUGGCGUCUAAGGCACUGACGUAACCGUAACCAUAUCACUUUUUAAAUACUGUGAUCUAAUCUGGCUCUUAAAGGGUAUUUUUCAGGGAAGUGUUUAUCCAGAUGAAAAUGACAUAAGCACCACCAGUAAAAUUUCAAGAGCGCAACCCCAAACUUUUUAAGAGGCAGGAGACUUGCAGAGCUGCUGACUAGCAAACAUCUGCAUUUUUGAUCUGUUUUGGUCUUGUACGUGAAUGACAACCAAAAUCUGCAUUUCUCCCAUGUUUACAGAGCGACCCAAAUACAAAGAAUGGGCACUUAGCAGUAGGGCAGUCUUCAAUUAAUCGGGCAGUUUGGUUACAUCUGAAGAGCUCAACAAAUGAAGCAGAGUUUAUGGGCCAGGGGGGCUGCCCCAGUUGCUUAGCAGAUGGAGAGGAGGAUGACCAAUAUGAGAGGUAGCAUCAGGCUUCUUUCUCGAGUAUGUACAAUGUACUGUGGAUAGUCGCUCAACGGCUGCUCUUAAAUGAUAGUAUUUUGCUGCUGUGAGGUAGUGAAGAAUAUAUGGCUGCGUAACUAGAUGCUGACAAGUUUGUAAGUGGGCAGAGAGUGCUGAGUUGAGCAAGUAUUUAUUUCUAUGCCUUUCCACCCAGAGUCGUUCUAGUUCCAGCUUUAGACCAGUCUUACGAACUGUUAACUGAUUGUUUGGUAGCUUGUACCAGUGUGUUGUGCUUGUGUAGUCCCAGCUGAGCAAGGCUCAGGUCAGUGUAUCUCCAUUCUGUUUGUGCUGAUUAACACUGUGGGCCCCCCCCGCUCUGAUCUCUUUGCAGUACAACCUCCUGGGUCUGUCGCAUGAUUCGGGUGGUAGCAGGCACACCUGGGGAGGAUCUGUCACUGUACCUGCCUCCUCCUCCCUGCCAAAGACCCACUUACAUACAUUUAAAACAACUGGUGAAGAAUACUUGUUCCCUGGUAACGAUUCUGGAGCUUUGACCUAAUACGUAAAACACUGACUUGUUUGUCUACAUCCAUCUAAACAGCUUUUAUGGUUAGUCUGGAUAGAUAACUGAACCAGUGUAAUAAAGCGAUGCUUGCUGGUGUGUUCUUUGGUA